AUGAAUCUUACCACCUGCCUCCGCAAAUGCAACCCCAACGUCUUCCGCCAACUAGACCCCUACACCGAUCCAAUCUACCUUCAAUCACCCCACCGCCCCCAAACCACCCUCUCACAUUCUCUUAUGCUCCCCCGCUCUCACCCCCCUCACAUCUAUACCGACUGCCAAUACUGCGAAGAUGAUCCACGCACCGGUGCCCAUUACUGUCGUACUUGUAUCGAAGCCCAAUAUUACGCUUUGCAAACCCAAUCCCAACCACAAUCACAAUCACAAAUCCAAGAUAUGUACAUAAAUUACGCCACAUGCGAAUGUCCGCAUUGCGACAGCGGCAUCAAUUCCUCCACCCUUACCUCGAGAGGAUAUACCUAUACCGGUGCGAGUGGGAGAUACCCAAAUAUAAACAUGGAGCCAGCGACUCAACAGCUACAUAAUACAGGAAGAUAUACACACAUGCCCAGCAGCAGACUCGGACGAAGCUCUUAUAGAGAUGUGGGACUACUGGGUUCGGGCUCAUGUUUAGCCACUCUAGGUAAUUUGAGUGGGCUGGGUUCUGUGGGUAGUGUGGGUAGUAUGGGCAGUUUGGGUGGCCUCGGGGGUAUUGGUGGAGUGAGAGAUGUGAGAGAUACGAGGAAUUAUGGUGGAAGAUAUGGAUUACGAGACAAUAGGCUCGGGCUUGGAUAUCGACUGUAG